ACCCAGCCCCCCCCCCCAAAAAAAGCGGAAACCUCAUCGGGCUGCAGUACCUCACAGUUCGAAUGAUCAGAUUGCAGAGACCGGCCCUGUUCCUCUUGAUUCGAAAAGGCCCCCUCCCGCGAUAGCCGUUGCGCCCCCGCUGCCUCUCCCCUCCGCCUGCCGGCUGCCCCGUCUGAUCCAGUAGCCGGAAGCCGCGGCCGCCAGAGCCAAAAUGGCCGCCGGAGUCGCUACGUGGCUGCCCUUUGCACGGGCGGCGGCGGUGGGCUGGCUCCCGCUGGCCAAGAAGACCAUGCCCAAGCCGCCGGUGGACAAGAAGAGCCGCAGCGACGAGAUCCUCUUCGUCAACGUCAGCGGCCUGCGCUUCCAGACCUGGAAGAACACCCUGGACCGCUACCCGGACACCCUGCUGGGCAGCUCGGAGAAGGAGUUCUUCUACAACGAGGACACGCAGGAGUACUUCUUCGACCGGGACCCGGAGAUGUUCCGGCACGUCCUCAACUUCUACCGGACGGGCAAGCUGCACUACCCGCGGCACGAGUGCAUCCAGGCCUUCGACGAGGAGCUGGCCUUCUACGGCAUCGUGCCGGAGAUCAUCGGCGACUGCUGCAUGGAGGAGUACCGCGACCGCAAGAAGGAGAACCAGGAGCGGCUGGCGGAGGACACGGAGGCCGAGAUGGCCACCGACACGCCGCUGCCGCCGGACAGCACCACGCGCGAGCGCCUGUGGCGGGCCUUCGAGAACCCGCACACCAGCACCAUGGCGCUGGUCUUCUACUACGUCACCGGCUUCUUCAUCGCCGUCUCCGUCAUCGCCAACGUGGUGGAGACGGUGCCGUGCCGGCCCAUCAAGGGCACGUCGAAGGACCUGCCGUGCGGCGAGAAGUACUCGCUGGCCUUCUUCUGCAUGGACACGGCCUGCGUGCUCAUCUUCACCUUCGAGUACCUGAUGCGGCUGUUCGCCGCGCCCAGCCGCUGCAAGUUCAUGCGCUCGGUGAUGAGCGUGAUCGACGUGGUGGCCAUCAUGCCCUACUACAUCGGCCUGGUCAUGCCGGAGAACGAGGACGUGAGCGGCGCCUUCGUCACCCUGCGCGUCUUCCGCGUCUUCCGCAUCUUCAAGUUCUCCCGCCACUCGCAGGGCCUGCGGAUCCUGGGCUACACGCUAAAGAGCUGCGCCUCGGAGCUGGGCUUCCUGCUCUUCUCCCUCACCAUGGCCAUCAUCAUCUUCGCCACCGUCAUGUUCUACGCCGAGAAGGGCACCAAGGGAACGAACUUCACCAGCAUCCCCGCUUCCUUCUGGUACACCAUCGUCACCAUGACAACGCUGGGAUAUGGCGAUAUGGUGCCCAACACCAUCGCGGGGAAGAUCUUCGGCUCGAUCUGCUCCCUGAGUGGGGUGCUGGUGAUCGCCCUGCCCGUGCCCGUCAUCGUGUCCAACUUCAGCCGCAUCUACCACCAGAACCAGCGGGCCGACAAGAUGAGAGCGCAGCAGAAAGUCAGGCUCGCCAGGAUCCGAUUGGCCAAGAAGGGGACCACCAACGCCUUCCUGCAGUACAAAGAGGACGGGGGACUGCAGGAUAAUGACAGUGCCAGCACUGCCCUUUGUGUGAAGAACAGGUCCUCCUUCGAGCACCAACACCACCACCUCCUGCACUGCCUGGAGAAGACGACCAACCACGAGUUCACGGACGAGCUGACCUACAGCGAGAUGUGCAUGACGGAGUCGGUGGGCUACCGCACCAGCCGCAGCACUUCCCUCUCCAGCCAGCAGGGGCUCUCCACCUCCUGCUGCCCCCGGCGGGCCAAGAGGAGAGCCAUUCGCCUGGCCAACUCCACCGUGUCUGUCAGCCGAGGCAGCGUGCAGGAGCUGGACACCCUGCAGAUCCAGAAGUCCUCCGGCAGUGCACAGAGCCGCUCCAGUCUAAACGCCAGGACCGAGGACCUGAAGUUCAACUGUGACGACAGGGACUUCACCGCCGCCAUUAUCAGCAUCCCCACCCCUCCGGCGAACACUCCCGACGAGAGCCUGCCGCCCUCUCCGGCGAUCCCGGGGAUCCUGCGCAACUCCCGCUCGGGCGCCUACACCCACGAGACCGUCAAGAUCUCCUCCUUAUAACCCACUCCCGAGCCCCUGGAGCGCCCCCUACUGGCAUGGAGGAGACGGGACGGGACGCUACGAAGCGCCGCUGAAUCUAAAGGAUAAGCUUUUCCGUUGUUCUGGUAACUGCUCCCC